UUUUCAAUCAUAUCGUUAGACGUGAUUUGCACUUUUAAAGCGUUGCUCGAAAAAAGUUCGUGUUGAAUUUAUAGAAAAUCAUAAAUUAAAAUCGAAAUCAAACAGCAGCAUGGCAAAUCCACAACCAACUACAAACCCAACAAUGGACGCUGAACGCGUUGAGGCCUUAGUUGCAUACCGCAAAAAGCUGCUAGAGCAUCGUGAAAUCGAGUCGCGUUUGAAGGCGCUGCGCGAUAAGCACAAGACUUCUCAGGUUGUGUUCCAGAAAUCCGAGGAUGACUUGAAAGCGCUGCAGAGUGUGGGCCAAAUGCUUGGCGAAGUUCUCAAGCAAUUGACGCCAGACAACUUCAUUGUUAAGUCCGCCAAUGGACCACGUUACGUAGUCGGAUGUCGUCGCCAAUUGGACAAGUUAAAACUGAAGCCUGGAACACGUGUCGCCUUAGACAUCACCACACUGACCAUUAUGCGAUACUUGCCACGCGAAGUGGAUCCUUUAGUCUACAACAUGUCGCACGAAGAUCCCGGCAAUGUGGAUUAUUCAGCCAUUGGAGGACUUGGUCAGCAAAUUCGAGAGUUGCGCGAGGUGAUUGAAUUGCCAUUGAUGAAUCCCGAGCUCUUUAUACGCGUUGGCAUCAAUCCACCCAAGGGAUGUCUGCUCUAUGGUCCUCCAGGCACUGGGAAAACGCUGCUGGCGCGUGCCAUUGCCUCUCAGCUGGAUGCCAACUUCUUGAAGGUCGUGUCCUCGGCCAUUGUGGACAAGUAUAUUGGGGAAAGUGCUCGCCUCAUACGCGAGAUGUUUGCCUAUGCACGCGAUCAUCAGCCGUGCAUAAUUUUCAUGGACGAAAUCGAUGCUAUUGGCGGACGUCGUUUCUCCGAGGGAACUUCAGCAGAUCGCGAGAUUCAGCGCACACUCAUGGAGCUGCUGAACCAAAUGGAUGGCUUCGAUGCGUUGGGGCAGGUCAAGAUAAUCAUGGCCACCAAUCGACCGGAUACUUUGGAUCCUGCUUUGAUGCGUCCUGGUCGCUUGGAUCGCAAACUGGAGAUACCGCUGCCCAAUGAGAUUGCACGCUUGGAAAUCCUUAAGAUACAUGCUGCUCCUUUGGCCAAACAUGGCGAAAUCGACUAUGAGGCUGUGGUAAAGUUGUCGGACAUGUUUAACGGCGCCGACUUGCGCAACAUUUGCACCGAGGCGGGUUUGUUUGCGCUGCGCGAGGAUCGCGAAUAUGUCAUCCACGAGGACUUCAUGAAGGCGGUGCGCAAGACGGCGGACAACAAGAAACUGGAAAGCAAGCUGGACUACAAGCCCAUUUAGAGUAGCAACUAACUUUGAAUAUACAUUAAACAAAC